UGGAGUGAAUUAAAAAAAAUUCCAUGUCACAAUCACAACAUACGACGACAAGAGAAAAAUAAAAUAAAAUUGUUUCUGAAAUUGUUCAAGAAAUUGGAUUAAUUUUCUACUAUUUCGGAAGAUUGUAGUUUUAUUACAAUUAUUUCAUAGCUACAGUUAUUCAAGACUCUUGGUAUUUUUCUUAAAUUUGGUUGGGUUUAUUGCGCAGUGUAUUGGCAUUCAUCUGAUCUUUCAAAAUGCCUGCCGUAACGUCGACUACAGAAGAGCAAAACGAUGCUGAUCAAAAAAUGUGGAAUGCCCUUAAAAGAUAUAUCAUUCGAGAAAGGCAGAGAAAAAAAGAAGAAUAUGAGGCUGAGGUGGAGGAAGAAAGGCUUCGUAAGGAGAGAGAAGCUAGGGAGAGACAGGAUGUUAUGACACUUGAGGAGACAAAGGAACAGAUUGAACAAUUGGAACAGAAGUUGAAACAGUUAGAGAAAGAAAAACAACAGUUGUUCAUGCAAUUGAAGAAGGUUUUGAAUGAGGAUGAAAUCCGCAAGCGACAGCAGCAGAAGGAAACCAAUGAUAUGCAACCAAUGAAAAUGUCUAUGGGUGGAAACAUUCAGGUCCCAAUGUUCUCUAUGCCAUCGUCUACUGGUCAGGGUGAGCCUCCCCCUACUCAGGGCAGGCCUCCCCCACUCUCUUCACAUCUACUUAAUAAGAACAAGCACUCAAACUACAUGUUGUUUCCGCAACAACAGACGAUUGUGAGGGGGCCAAUACAGGCCGGUGUUAAGAGGCAACGCAGCCCUUCGCCAACUUAUACGUUAUACGCGCAUAGAUUACAGCCACAGAUGAAACAUCAACCUGUAUAUUCUGAUCAUAAGGUAGAAGAUGGCCGCAUGAGCCGUCAGUUAACACGUGCUGUACUCUGGAACAAAUCGUCUCAAUACGGUUCUGGUGCCGGCGGAUCUUCCAUCUCUUCUUCGGGAUACUACGCAAUGCCUACUUCAGGCGUCGUGGGGGUGGUGGGGGAACGCCCCCCGCCACUGCUGUACGCGCACCACGCGCACACCGCCCACACGCCGCAUACCCCCCACACGCCGCACACUCCCCACCACUCUAACUUGAUGUAUGCGCCCGCGCCACAACCGCCGCAAUUGUAUUUGGACUUAUUGAAGAAUAGAGAAGGACAACAACAUCAGGAGCCGAAGAAAGACGCACAGCCUCAAGUUUUACUGGGGCUGAGCGAGGCCCACCACCCGUCAGUGAGCAGCAGUGGCGGCUACGGCCUCCACCUCUCGCAUCCUCAACAUCCGCAGCAUCAUAACAAUAUGCCGCCAUCAAAGCCUGGUAGUAUUACCCAGGGCUAUCCGGUGCAGCAGUCGAACCCCAACGUCCAGAACCCCAACAUAUAUCCGAACAGACACCGGUAUUAGCUAGUAAUCAUCCGGCGACACCCUGUCAAGCCACCUUAGCACUGACAUUGAGCAGAUUAUGGUAGCAAUCAUAAUAGAAAAUAUGGUGUGUGGGACGCGUAAUAUAGUUUUUGUGACAGAAAUGUAGUAUGUGGGACACAAUACAGUUUGUGGAACGCGUAGGAAAGGUAAAAUAGUAUGAGGAAAUAAACAUCGUGAGAUCGUGACUAGUGUCGGAAUAGUGCUUUCAAUCUUUUUUUAUUCAAGAAUUGAAAGAAAAGGUUUUAGUCGCUCUAUUAAAAAGUCACGUGGCGUGGUUUGAUCCUAAAAAAAAGGAAAAGUCAGUGCGACUUUAAGAAAAGCGUUACAAAUAUAUUUUUUUGUUUGUAUUUAUGUCCCACAUGUUGUUAUUUGGCGUCCCACAUGUCGUUAACAUUAUGAUUGGUACUCAAUGGACAAUAGUAAUGGGUCAAAUUGGUGCAGUGAACUGGUGUUAAGUUAAAGUGAAAAACAGGACACACAAGGAUGGUUUUAAGUGAAAGUGUAUCUAUUGUUGCAACAAUAAGGGCUGAAUUUUCAAUACAAAGUAUUCGUAGAUUUCUUGUGCAAAUAUUUUUUUACCCUCCCCUUGUCUCAAGUUCAGUAACAAUAAAAAAUAACUCUAGCCUGUUGAGAGCACUGUUGCUUAAACAGUUAUGCGCAGAUAAAAAAAAAACAGGCGUUUGUUAUGAUUAUGAAAAGUCAGCCGUAUUGUUUAAUAAAGUUUUAUUGCAAAUAUGUAAAUUGUAUAUGUUACUGAAAUGUGAAGAAAUCCGUUUCGUCUUUAAUUUAAUGAACCUCAUUCAUCGGCUGGCUGUUUUAAUUAGAUUUAAUAUUUUUUUGGAUAAGUAAACUUAUAUUUAUUCUCUAGAAUCUCGCGCAAAAGCGAUUAAGUAACCUACAAAAACUUAUCAAAAUGGUAUUUCACGGGUUGGAAAUUGUAUACGUAUUAUGUGUAACAUCUUAAUAUACAAGCAUACAAGCAACAGCAAAAUCCAUAGUCUCUGCCUACCCCGAUAAAUAUGUAUGACCACACGAUAAAGUAAUGGUAUCUAUGGUAUAUUUUAUAUGAUUAUAUAUGUAAACACUUGUCCAGUGCAUGUAUAGGAAGAAAAAAAAAGUAAACUGGCAUUCAAUUUGUGUUUAUCAAUUAUAUGCCACUUUUUUUAUUAUAACGUGCAACGUGACAGCGAUAGUUUAUCGCGCGAUGAAAACAUCGACGCUCGUACCAUGCUAGCCCAGCAGAUCUGUCUUAAUAAAAGGAUUUUUUCACAUUUCUUCAUAAUAACAAAAUAAACAACUGCUUACUCCUAACUAUUAGUUUUGUAAAGUAAUAACAUUUUAUGUAAAUUUUUAUUAAAAUAGAAAUGGAAAUUAGUUCCCUAGUAUUAUUUGGACUUAUAUAAUGGCCUGUAGAGAUUGUACAAAAGAGUAUUUUUCAUUAAAGUAUUGCUAUAAUAAUAAUAAUAAAACAGAGUAUAACCAGUGUAUUCCAAAUUAUUUCUAAGUCGUAAAUGCUUAUUCACAUAAAAAUAUUAUUCUAUGAUGAUAACAAACACAUAAUGUAUUUGAUACCUAGCUUUCUCUGUACUAUUAUCUCUUUUUUGAGUAUAUUGAUUUAAUUAUUUUUUAUAUCUUUAUAAAGAUCUAACAUAUAUGGCAAGUGGUAGAGAAUUUGCGCACACACGCGAUCUAGAAUCUUGGCGAGAAAUUAAAAUUUAAAAAAAUAUAAAGGUUAUAACCAUCAGUAUACUAAAAAUGCAAAUUUAAACUCGAUAUGCCAACGAGAUAAAAAUAAUUAUGUUGAAUACAAUGAAUCAUAUCGAUAUUAUAAUUAGUUCUUAGUCUGAGGUGUAAAAGUAGAUUUAACUACAUUUAUAUGAUUUUCUUACAUUUUGACCGGUAGGUAUGUCACUGCUUGCCAUACAUACAUGACCACAUUCAGCCUUAUAAACUUUGAUGAUGUACAAACUGCACAAUCUUUCGCUGCUAUUAGUAACUAUAAAUCUGUGCUAGUGGUGGUAAUUAAUAUAUUAUGUAGACCGAUA